AGAAAUUGCUAUAUAAGCAAGGAACCUCAGUAAAAAGUUGUACUGUGAAAGAACGUCCACUUUUCAAAACAUGAGAGGUUUUAACAUUCUGGGAAUUCUGGUAGUGCUCGCACUUCUUGUAAGUGCUACAUUUUCGUCGGAAGAGGAUACUACUAUUGAGACCACAACAGAUGGGGUCACCACUGAGGAGGUAACUACCGAGGAAGCUACCACGGAGGUUCCUACCACAACACUUCCGCCUCCAGUCCUGUGUGCUGAUGGAGAUUUAUUUCUUCCAGCACCGGACUGUAGGCAGUACUAUCAAUGCCUGUACGGUGAGGGAAUUUUGAAAUUAUGCCCUGACGGUCUCUACUGGGAUCGUGAGUUGAACGUAUGUGCCUGGGACCCACAGUAUUGCACCGAUGAGAAAAACGAAACCACCGAAGCUCCGUCCUUGAGUUGUUCCUCUGGAUUGCCAUUCUUGCCCUAUCCGCCCGAUUGUACCAAAUUCAUUCAGUGUGUCUACAACAUUGCUAUUAAACUCAGCUGCCCAAGUGGACUGUUCUGGAACCAGCCAAUUCAAGCGUGUGACUAUACCUGCGACAAUGCAGUCGAGUUCUCUAAUGAUUUCCAGGUGCAAUAACCGGCAAUAAAUAGGUAGUAUUUUGUAACACACCAAAAAUGUACACAUGUACUAAGCAAAAUAAAGAAAAAGCAAUUCAACGUAA